AACUCUCUCCCCCACGGACAAAUCACAAACGACAGAAAACUUAUUACUUACCACGCUAUUUAUUAGUCCACUAUGUUCUAAAUUACUCCCCAACCCGUAGUUUAUAAUUUGACAAGAUCAAGUUAUAUUAGAGAGUUUAUCAAUUAUGUUUUAUUUUGAUUACCUAUAAGCGCUUUUAUUACUAGACCACAAGGUCCCCAGACAAAAAUUUUCAAUAUGUUUACAACAAUAUUAUCAACCCAAGAAUGUCACAAAUUAAUUACAGUACAAUCUCAAACUCUUCACAGUAUGAAGAGUUGGACUUUGAGUCCCUUCUAAACUCAUUCAGCCCUCCAAGCCUUACAAACAGUCCGUUCUCAUCAAUGUCCUCCCCGGAGCAGCAACUAAUUACACCACAAAUGCUCCACAACGACACAAAUGACAUGCUCGCAGGCUUUCCACUCUUUGGCGCUCAAACUGAUGUCAAGGUCGAGCCAUCUGAUGAGUAUGUCAAUCCGCUACCAUCUGAUUCUGUGUUUGAAGGCUUCUCAUCUCUGUUCAAUAAGGAUACUUUAAAUGCAGCAACUCCACCAAAAGAGGAUAAUCACCAACCUUCACUUUCGCCAGCUCCAAAGGCAAAGACACGCUCAACUGCCCAGUCAGCCAAACGUACCAAGGUUUCUAUGCAAGAUCCAAUACAGCCUAGGAACUACUCGUCGGCUUCUGCUACAUCCCGUAAAAAGAUCCCCGCUGCCUUUGAGUCACGACUCGACAAGAAAAGAGGUCGGGAAGAGGUGGAAGAUGACGUACCUUUGGACGUUAAAGAUGCGAUUGAAGCCAAGCGCAGACAGAACACGCUGGCUGCUCGCAAGUCCCGUGAAAGGAAGAGGAAGGAAUUGGAAACUCUUGAAGGUCAGGUCAAUGAGUUGCAGAUGCAGAACAGGGCGCUUGUUGAUCAAGUCGAACGUUACAAGGGUAUUGAAGAAGAGUUGAGGUUGCUCAGAAUGGAGAAUGAUAAUCUGAAGAACGCUCUCCAUAUCUAGUUUAAAUUUUUUUCUAUGUUUUAUAUUUCUUUUCUUUCCCUAUAUUAAUACAUUUCAUUUUAGACUAAUAUUGG